AUGGAAAACCUUGCAAAAUUUUCUUUUAAACCUCUAUCUCUCACCGGCAACAAUUUUCUGACUCGGUCCCUGGAUGUAGAAAUGCAUCUGGUUUCUAUGGGCCUUGUUCAUACAAUUGCUAGUGAAAAUACGGCUACAAGCCAAGAUCGGGCUAAUACUAUUAUUUUCAUCCGUUAUCAUUUGGACAUUCCUCUACAGUCUGAAUAUUUGACGGAUUUUAAAACUGUUACAGAGUACAACUCUGCUAUCCAUCAGAUUACAUCUCAGUUGAAACUCUGCGGAGAAACUGUUACUGAUAAAUUGGAGAAGACUAUCUCUACCUUUCAUGCUUCUAAUGUUGUGUUGCAACAGCAGUAUUGCGAGAAAAAUUUUCAAAAUUCGUUCCCUGAAGCGAACGUGACAUUUUCUGAACGAGGCCGAGGACGUGGUAGAGGCUGUGCACGUGGUCGCGGUCGUGAGAGUCAACGUGGUCGAUAUACCCCUUACAAUCGCCGCAGUUUUGACAUUAACAGGAUGCAGAGUAAACCCCAAGAUGGGGAUAUAGCCGAAAAGGCUAAACAGGGAAAGAGACAAAUCGGAAGUUGUAAUCGGUGUGGCAUUGAAGGCCUUUGGGUCAAUGCCUGCAGAACAGCCAAACACCUAGCCGAUCUUUAUCAAGUCUCACUACAAAAAAAUGGGAAAGAGGUCGAGAUUAAUUACGUUGAUAAUGACGACCCCGAUGAUGAUCUUUUGGAUUACGACACAACGCAUCUUGAUAUAGCGGAUUUUGUCGUAGAUUCAGAAAACCCCCAGUCAUAG